AACUCGGACGUUAAUUAACUUUCUUCAGACGCGAACGGAAACGCAGCAUCUCGUCUCGCGGACUCGUCCCGCGGGGCGUUUUGCGUCCGUCGCACGUAUCCCGGUCAAAGCCUCCGCUGGUCACGUGACUCCGGGAUGAACCAGAUUAACGGCUGCGCGUUCGCCCGGACUCCACUCGCGGAAACGGGCGAAGCUGGCGUCGAGCAGACGCCGGAUGCGGAGCUCCUAGCACCGGCACGUCCCGCUCCACGGCGCCUGUCGGACGCUGUAGCCUCGAAUCAUCGAUUCUGGGCGCCAUUCAUGAAAUAGCGUGACUCCGGAGAGCAGCGUGGAAGAUGAUUUCGCCGUGGGACCGCUGGUACUCGACGAGCUGCUGCCUCUGCUGCCACGUCCGGACGGGCACCAUUAUUCUGGGCAUAUGGUACAUGCUCAUUAAUGCAGUGGUCCUACUCAUCUUGUUGUCGGCCCUCAAUGACCCAGUUCAGUACCGCUACCACCUUACCAGCUCCGAGCUGGGCACCGACAUCGAUGUCAUGGACGAUGCAAAUAUCUGCAUAGCCACUGCAAUAUCCCUACUCAUGAUCCUUAUAUGUGGCAUGGCAACAUAUGGUGCUUACAAGCAACAUGCUGCUUGGAUCAUUCCCUUCUUCUGCUACCAAAUCUUCGACUUCGCCCUUAACACGCUGGUAGCCAUAAGCGUGGUAGUGUAUCCCAACACAGUGCAGGACUACCUUCAGCAGCUGCCAGGGACAUUCCCUUACAAAGAGGACAUCAUGUCCACCAACAACAUGUGCCUAGUUUUUGCAGUCCUUCUCUUCAUCGGCUGCAUCCUUUCCUUCAAGGCCUACCUGAUCGGCUGCGUGUGGAACUGCUACAGAUACGUGAGCGGCAGAGGCACCACGGAGGUUCUAGUUUACGUCACCACCAACGACACCACAGUUCUGCUGCCGCCCUAUGAGGAAGCUGUCGCCAUCCCACCCAAGGAGCCUCCUCCUCAGUACAUGCAGGCAUGAGAUGUCCUGGCUGCUGGACCCCCGACCUCCCCACCUACAGUACCACAGCUCUACCUGGACCGAGUCAUUUCAGAUUGGAGUCCCACCGACCUUCGAUUACUCAGACCCUGGACAGCAUCCGUCCACCCCUGGUUGUGGGCUGUUGUCUUCUCCUCUCGUCCUGCUGGAGGAGCAGUAACCAGGCUACUUCACAUCUUCCUCCUCAUCACCAGCCCUCUCUCUUGGCAGCAUGUGGACUCUAGCGCACCCUGAACACUCAUGAACCAACAUAAUUUGUACUUUCCUUUCAUUAAAUCGUUUCCCCACUUGGCCACCAACUGUUAACCCCCAACAAUACUGUGAAUUUCCCUCGUGGUCUUUGUCUGAAUACAAACUACCUGAACAUAGCUAGCGGCAGAAAAAGUGAGAAGGAAAGCGACAUCCUGGGGCACUUUUUCAGAGAUUUACUCGUUUCCUUCAAUGAAUGUAAUAUCGGGAUAUUUUUUAGGACUUUUUUUCUAUAACCGUAAAAAACGAGAGAAAAGGAAGUAAAGUAGUGAAAGGUUGUCCCGUUGUGAUGAAAUAUCACCUGUGUACUAAAGCUUGUCCUGCGGGAAAUCACUGAAAAUGGUUCUUUGACCACCAACAGCUUCGUCUUCCUUCUGCCUGUGUCUGCAGGAACCUCCUUCUCCCUUUGAUUUCAGUGGCAAUAUUCCUGUUUGCCUUUCUGUCCAUUUCCUGUCUGUUCCACCUUAUGGCAUUAAUCUACUUUUACUGUGAAACACAAACAUACUACAUUCACACACUACACGUGUAGUAAGGCAGAGCACAUCAAAUCUGUAAAAAAGUGUUUAUUUUGCAGCAUUACAUGUUCCUUUGUGUUUUUUUACCUGGACCGUGUGGAGAAUCUUUUAGUUGAACUAACUUGGCUGGAUUGAGGGCGAUUCCUGUAACAGUGCUGUGACAUGCUGCUGUACAUGCAUAGAGCGUGUGUGUGUGUGUGUGUGUGCGUGCGUGCGUGCAUGCGUGUGUGAUUACAUCUCUGUGUGACAUCAUAGUGUAAACCCCUGCAUCAUUUUAUAUGUUGUGAUGUUUUUUGUUGCACACGCACUGAUAUCAUGUUGAUAUUUCCUGUGAUGUGACCUUCAUGUUAAUAAUGGAUGCGAAACUGAAGCACUGAUUUAGCAGUGAGUAGCACAAACUCUCCUGUACUUACAUAGUAUGAAGCUAAUUAUUGGCUUUUGCCUACAAUGAUUCAGUUGAGCAUUAUAAGAAAUAGUUAUGAAACAAAUACUACAUAUACAUUAAUCCCAUUCUCUCCAUACUGUACUUCAGAAGUAGUAUUUGCUAUUAACAGAAAAAAAGACUAUGCAAGAGUUAGUACAACACCUUGUUAGAGGAAAUACGAGGUAGUAUUACAUUUAAUACUAAUACUGUAGUUGGUUAUGUAGUCAUGUGUUAAGCUUUUCAUUGUUCCUGUGCUUCUGCAAAUCCAACAAAGCUGGAAAUAAAGUUGCACUUUAAAGUCAGUAUGAGCUCACUGCAAAGCGAUUCAUCUUUAUCAUGUUGUGCUGUAGAUAAAAGGUUCUAUGAUCAGAGGUCCAUGUCUGGAGGAUGCAGGCUUCCCAAACGACAAAAACAAAUCAAUAUUUGUGUGCAGUGACUAAAUAGCUGCAGAUCCGACAGAUUCCAAAGUGGUCGAGUUUCAGCUGAGCUGCGCAGGUUUAGAGGAGAACGCUUGCAUCUGGACCAGCGUGUGGCCGAGGCCUCGUUUCAUUUUAACUCUCAGACUGUUCUCCAUCGCUUCCUGUUCACACACAUCCUCUUGUUGGAUCUUCAUGAGCUCAUGCCUAUGAUUGUGAAUAAAUAAAAAAGACCAAUCAAA